UAUAUAUAUAUUCUCCAUUCGUAAAAAGCCUAUAGCCUACUACGAAGUAGAAACUGGAAUUCCCCUGCAAAUCGAAAGCUUUUUACACUGAAGCCUGCAAAAGUGGUGACCCAGUAAGCUCUGAGUGUGAUGAUGGAAAGCACGAAGAUCUUCGCGGCGGCAAUAUGCCUGGAUCUGGCCGUCUGUAGUGCGUUGCACUACGUAGCGAAAUUUGGGCUACCGCCGUCGCUAAGCCCCAGCGGUUGGCAGAGCCUGGCGCAGAUAUGGAUGCUGGCGGGGCUCAGGUGGGCGCUUGUCCGCUUGUUCUGCGUGGUGUUGACAAAAUCAGGGAGCAAGGCGGUGCUUCACCGCUGUGUGACGGCGAUAUGUCUGCUCGGACCGGUGUACGAAAGCGGGUUGUUGGCGCUGUUCGAGAAACACCCGGAGCACUGGAGCGGGUCGCUCUCGAGUCCGGGGAAAACUCUCAUAGCCGCGACUGCCACGGCUAUCGCCAGCCUCUUUUGGGAGGUGAAUUUUCCGGACAGUCGCGGAGAUGCCUGUGGAAUGUCCAACGGAACAGAGAGAAAGCAACGAGCCAGGGCGCUGUUCAUGAGGGUCAUCCGCUACUCCAUACCCGACGCACUAUUUCUGUGCGGCGCUUUUGUCUUCCUCGCUUUUGCUGUCAUUUGUGAGAUGUUCAUCCCAUUUUACACGGGGAAAGUGAUUGACAUUCUGGGAUCUCACUAUCAGCCAACCAGCUUCGUGACGGCUAUCUUCUACAUGGGACUCUUCUCAAUGGGCAGCUCCGUAGGUGCAGGUCUCAGGGGAGGCCUUUUCAUGUGUAGCUUAUCCAGGCUGAAUAAAAGAGUGCGUGUCAUGCUCUUCCAGGCCCUUGUUAAACAGGAGAUCGGAUUCUUCGAGGUCACCAAAACAGGGGAUCUCACGUCCCGCCUCGCCACUGACACCACCCUGAUGAGCCAGUCGGUGGCCAUGAACGUGAACAUUCUCCUGCGCAGCCUCAUAAACAUGGUGGGCGUUCUGGUCCUCAUGGUCAGUCUGUCCUGGAAGCUCACUCUGGUCACCUUCAUCGAGUUCCCUCUCAUCGCCAUCUCCCAAAAGAUCUACAACAACCGCUACGAGAAACUGUCCAAGGAGGUGCAGGACUCCAUUGCGCGGGCGAAUGACACGGCGGGUGAGUGCGUGGCGGGCAUCAGGACCGUGCGGAGUUUCAACACGGAGAGGAGUGAGGCGCGUCGCUACGACGAAAGAAUCAUGGUCACCCACGACCUCAAGACCCGCAGAGACACCGUGAGGGCUGUCUACCUGCUUUUCCGCAGGCUGGUGACUCUGGCCGUUCAGUUUCUGAUGCUGUACUAUGGCCGCCAGCUCAUCAAAAGGGGUGAGAUGAGCACGGGGAACCUGGUCUCCUUCAUCCUUUACCAGGAAAACAUGGGCUCCUACGUUAGGAUGCUAGUCUACAUUUGCGGCAACAUGCUGAAUUCAGUGGGCGCGGCCGCCAAGGUGUUUGAGUACCUGGACAGGGAGCCACAGGUGAGCACGGAGGGGGAGCUCCAGCUGGAGACCCUGCGGGGACAUGUCCAGUUCCAGGACCUCACCUUCUCCUACCCCACCCGCCCCGACUGCCCCGCCCUCCAGGGCUUCUCUCUGGAGAUGAAGCCGGGUCACAUGACCGCCCUGGUGGGGGCCUCAGGUGGAGGGAAGAGCACCUGUGUGAGUCUGCUGGAGAGAUUCUACCAGCCGCAGGAAGGAGAGAUCCUGUUGGACGGGCAGCCACUGCAUCGCUACCAGCACAAGUACCUGCACAGCAAGGUGGCGAUGGUGGGGCAGGAGCCUGUGCUGUUCUCUGGCUCCAUCAGGGACAACAUUGCCUACGGCCUGACAGAAUGCCCCCUGGAGAGGGUGCAGGAAGCUGCCCGCAAGGCAAACGCCCACGGCUUCAUCAGCAAACUGGAGCACGGCUACGACACAGAUGUCGGUGAGCGGGGCAGUCAGCUGUCUGGGGGACAGAAGCAGCGUAUUGCCAUCGCCAGAGCUCUGAUCCGACAGCCACAGGUCCUCAUCCUGGACGAGGUCACCAGCAGCCUGGACACAGAGAGUGAACACAUGAUCCAGCAGGCAUUGGCCAGCUGCCCCUCCCAGACCCUGCUGGUGAUUGCUCAUAGGCUGAAGACAGUGGAAAAGGCGGAUCAGAUCGUAGUGAUUGACCAGGGGCAGGUGCUGGAGCAAGGCACGCACCAGGAGCUGAUGGAUAAGAAGGGGAACUACUACAAACUGAGGGAGAGGCUGUUCUCCGAAAAUAACUCCAGCGGUUCGGCUGACCACAGCAAACCACCGAGCCAGUGAGGUGUUAGUCAUCAGCCAACUCGGUGUGCGGCGCAAAAACGAAAGUCUAAAAAGCUUGGUUUCGUUUUGAACGGUGUACCUGUGGUACGGAAUCCGAUCACCUUUCCCGCAAGAGACCGCCAGCUUCCCCUUAAGACUGUUUGCAACGUUGAAGUCGCAGAAACCAAUAUUGCACAGAUCUCUGUGUAAAGGGCAAUUUGUGGUUGAGAUGUUAACGGGUGUAACAUUUUGCUGCAUCUAACACCGCAAAAAUAUGAGAGGCCCUCAAAUCUCAAAUCUCAGCAAAACUACUGUGUCUGGAUGGAUAGGUGGUAUUCUGGACAAAUAAAAAUGUCUUUUAAUUUCAUUUUUGGGGGAACUACCCCUUUAAGAAAUUGCAUCGUUCUCAUGUUAACCUUUGGAUCAGUUAAGCUUUGAGCAUUAGGGACCUGUUGUCAGAUGCUUUUUUUUCCCUCUGUUUUCUCUUUAUUUUCAUUCACUGUGUGUGGUAUAUUUUACUAUUCUAUCAAUAAAAUAUUUAUCUACUUUGA